CGAAAUUGUGGACAUUGCUUAGCAAGUUCCGGGAGAGAGUGGACGUGUUUGGUAGUCAGUGCUGGAAAUCGAAUUCUUCUGCAUAAGUUUCUUGAUUACAGAAAUGUACAAGUCUUUGGUUGUAUCUGCACUGCUGUGCUUCAGCAUCGUCGCCACUGCCGAGAUUGGAAAUGGUGGACGAACGAACAUGGACGUCUACUACGAAUCUCUCUGCCCCGACAGCCGUAAUUUCCUGGUGAAUCAAUUAGCCCCUCAGUGGAAGACUCUUUCGACCUUUGUCAAUUUGAGAUUGAUUCCCUUUGGCAAAGCUAGCUUCACACGGAGUUCGUCGGGUGUUGGAUGGUCGUUCAGUUGCCAACAUGGCUCCGCCGAAUGCAAUGGUAACAUCCUUCACGCCUGUGGUAUCAAGUACAGCAAAGAUUCGACUCAGGCUUUGAGCUUUGCAUCAUGCCUCAUGAGAGCACCUACAUCUGGUGCUCAGUGCGCUGAACUAUCCGGCAUGGAUUUUACUCCUAUUGACGCAUGUCACAAGAGCGUGGAAGGUCAAGAUUUGGUCCAAGCUCAUGGAGUGGAGACUUUAAGUCUACAGCCGACUUUGACGUUUGUUCCCUGGGUGGUGUACGACAAGGUUUUUGACGAUUCUAAGCAAUGGAGCAGUCUUUCUAAUGUCAGAAGCGUUGCUUGCACACACAGCGGGUUCAGUGCACCUGCCUGCCUUUCGAAUGGUCUCUAGUUCGUUGUAUAGGGCCCGACCCAUGUUACUUCAUGGAGAUGAAUCACUUUUCACUGUGCUAACUACACAACUGUUGGAAGCCAAACUGGUGAUGAAAAAAACAUUCUUCGUAACAUGCCCAAGAAAAAACGAAUGCAUACAUUAUACAACAAGAAAAUAAAUUUGCAUAGUUUAUCGGGA